AUGUCAGGGCAUUCAGCUGAAAAUGAUAUAUCGAUUUUUUUUAUCAACAAAGAAUAUAACAAAUUAAAUCAAGAUAGAUCUUCUUAUUGUGAAGGAACUGAUGAAGAUGAUAUAUAUAAUGAAUUACAAAAUCACAAUAUUAGUAAUAUUUUAUUAAAUGAACUUAGAAAUGCUAUGUGCUUUUUGCGAUAUAAAUUCAAAAAUCAAAUUGAUAAUAAAUUUAAUAAUAUAUUUUACAUCUGGUUAGGAGAUAAAAUAAUUAAUGUUGUUAAGGGUGAAGAUGAGUUUAAUACUACUAUAUCUACCUGUUAUGAAAUACUAAAUAAAGCUUACAAAGGUUAUAAAAUUGAAAAACCUGUAGAAUCAAUUAGUAUAGAUCACUUUAAAAAAAUUAAAUUAUACUUUGAUUAUUCUAUAAACCAUCAAAUAAUUGAAUAUACUCUGAAUGAAAUAAAUUAUUCAUGUACCCCUGAACAGAUUGAAUACAUUAAAAGAGCGGUUGCUACGCACAAUGAAAUACACACAGAGUGUAAUUCUACAUUCAGAAAUGUAUAUUGCAAAAUAUAUGAUAACAUAAAGUCUGAAUAUACAGAUGUAAUAAAUGAAUUAAGUACAUUAAAAUGUAAUGAAUAUAAGGUGCCGCAAUUAGAUUCAUCCUUGGAUGGAGAUAAAAAAUCGGGAGAAUUAUUUGAAGAACAAAGUGUAUUGCGCCCUGCUGAUGAAAAUCGUUAUGCAUCCUAUAAAUAUGUAUACAUUAUUCUUCUACCUUUUCGUCCAAUUGCCAAAAGGUUAAAAAAAUUAUUAAUUAUUAAUAAUGAUAAAUUGUGGUAUAAUGUAAAAGAAUCAUGGAGAGAAAAAUUUGGAGAGAGUUUAUUGGAAUCCCCUGCACGAUAUUAUGAUAGUAAUGUUUUUAAUAUAGCAUAUUUCACUGAAUAA